AUGGCAAGGAUCUCUUUGUUGUUAUCUUUAGCCUUCUCUCUCGCCUUUGGCUCAAUGUUCCUUUCUGUUGAUAGUUAUGAACCUCCGUCACCAUUAUUUCCAAAAACCGUAUCCGAACUCCAGACCUUACCCUUUGCCAAAAUCACUGAGAUCAUAAACCAUAAAGAAAAGUUUGCCCCAAAAACCGCCAAAAUUAAGGCAAUGUUCACAGUGUGCAAAGGCUAUGUCAAGUACCUUGAGAGCCUCUACAAAUUUGGGAAGCCCGUCGUAGAUGUUUCUGGAAUUGCCAAGACCAAAUAUGCCCUAACAACCAGAGCUAUUCUUUCAGUGGAAGCUAGUAUUAGCGGUAAAGUCGAUAAGAAAACUUCCUUGAAGCUAAAGGAAAGCUGUGUUGGUUUUAUAAAAGGGCUUCGUCAUAUUCAAAAU